AUGGGAGGAGCCCAAUCCGCGGAGACGACCGGCGCUGUCUCGGCCACGGCGUCAAUCCCCUUCACAUACCGCCUCAUCCUAACCACCCUGGAGCCCCUCUUCGCCACCUCGGGCGCAAUCCUCGCCUUCCGCACGCCGGGCCAGUACCUCUCAACGAUGACGCGGCACUCCACGGCCUUCGCCGACAACACCACCUUCCUGUACACGGAGCUCGGCGGGGCGUGGCUGUACUUCGCCUUCGUCGAGGCCGUCGUGCUCCGCGCGUUCGACGACCUGCGCCUGUGGCAGCUCCUGUGCGCGGGGAUGCUGCUGAGCGACGCGGCAUAUUGCCACAGCGCCGCGCAGGCUGUUGGGGGGUGGGGGUCCUGGGCGACGUUGUCGGAGUGGACGGUGGAGGAUUGGGUUGUGUUGGUCACCACUGCGCCAAUGGUUCUGGUGAGGGUUCUGAUCGUUCUUGGGGUUGGGGUGCGGCAUGCACGACUGGGUGAGAAGAUUGAGUGA